CCCCUUUUCUCCAUUGGCCCCCAGGGCUCCAACGCCCACGCUUUAUUUAGCAAGCUCCGCUACUGUAACAAUAAUUACUCCGAACACCAUAACCGCAACCCACGUGUUUCCGGGAACCAGGUUACAUUUUUCCUUGUUUCUCUCACAAUUAAGUAUACGUGGAACCCUGUCGGGGAUUCUGGCCGAUGUUCCGCUUGAAAGCAGAAGUGGUCUGAGAAUUGCGGAUAGCGUUUAAAAUGUCUCGGGGGUUGAAAACUUGAGAUGAAUGGAUGCAACGUAGCUUCCUGUUAAACAUCGUGGCGUCUGGACGACUUUCCUCCUUUGUGCUCUGUGUCACCAGCCGUGCCGAAGAACCUCACAGAGUCACAUGUAAUAAUGACUUCAAUCUCAUACCUUCGUAUCUGCAUGUCCUAAACCACCCGUUUGCACAUUCCCGCUUUCAAAAAUCCCUCAAGCCAUCAUGGUUCUGUGUUGUAGCACAACACCACGUUCUCCAGUUCCCCCUCUCCGCCAAAACCUGCUCCAUCCGAACUGCUGGAACCUCCACGGUUCGCUGCAUGAUCUCCCGAUUAUCUUGCUCGGUUCGGUCCACGGGAGCGAGGAGCAAGAGCCACGAGGCCAGAGUCACACGGCGGCCAGCGGUGCACCGUUACGUUCCGCAGGCGGCCACUGGGUUGGAUUUGGUUGCCACGAGGUCAGUGAGGAGUGGCGGACGGAUUCUCACAGUAGUCUUACCUUGUGCAACAUUAGAAGCGAAAAAGAGAGGACAGCAGGCGAGAUGCCUUUCCCGUACCGUCAUGCAUCAAUGGCUGUUUUGGGGAUGGGAAGAUACGUUUUUCUACCGUAUGUGCAUAUGAUAGCUGCUUCGGGGCAAGCAGUCUUGACUCCGCGGCAAUUGCAGAUGACAGGCGUUUGUGCUACCGCUCUGAGAAAGCGAUUAGGAAAAUCAAAACCGGUAGUGCCCA